AUGUUUUCUCCAGACUGGAAAGUCACUUUAAUCAUUUUAACAGUUACAACAAUUUCUGGAAUUACCACAAACUCAUUUGUUGCAGUUGUGAGUGUUCUAGACCAGAGGAGAUGUUUCAGCCUGAGCCCCAGAAAGCAAAUCCAGUUUUCUAUGGUGCUGGUCAAUGUCAUCCUACAGAGCUUAUUGACAUCAGAAGGAUACAGAGGUCUAUAUUCAACUCAUGCCUGGUGGUCAAGAGAGAGCUGUAUAUCUGUGAUCUUCCUCAUGCAUUUUACCAUCAACCUCAGCUUCUGGCUCACAACCUGGCUCGGUGUCUUUUACUGUGUGACGAUUGUAAACUUUAAACACACAUUUAUCACACAGGUGAAGAUGAGGCUCCCGGCUGUGGUACCCAAGAUCCUGCUGGUCACAACCCUGGUGUCCUUCAUCUCGAAUGCUCCUGUUAUUUUUGAUGUUCAUUUAGAAAAUCAGCACAAUAUGACCUACAAUAACAUAAGGAAUGGUGGAGAAUCGUGCCUCAUUCCUUUACACUACGCCAUUAUUUAUAUCAUUUAUGGAUGCUUUGUUCCAUUUAUCAUAACACUAGCAUCAAUAGGUUGUAUUGUAGUUUCUCUAAUGACUCAUGUACAUCGUGCUAAACUCAGUAACUCCACCUUGAGUGCUCCCCAACUUCAAGCGCAUUACCGAGCCUGUAGGACCAUGAUUUUGUUUCUCAUUCUAUUUGUGAUUUUCAAUGUGUCUGAAAUGAUAUUUGUCUCUUCUCUGCUGUCUACUCGAGACAUACAGAAUUUUAUUAUGUGGGUGUUCAUUUUGUUGUAUCCCACAUCCCAAGCUGCCAUUUUGAUCAUGGGAAGUGCAAAUCUGAAAACAGCAUUUGUUAGGAUUGUUCAAUGCAACAAGUAA